UUCAUACUUUUGAAACACGCUUUCCAAGUUUACAUUCUUGUCGAUUCACAGCGGAAUUCUGCGCCCAAUUUAGAAGGGAUCUGUAUUCUGCGACUGCUGUACACACACAGUGAUUUGCAGGAUACCAUCUUGAAUACGAAUUGAAUUGAGCUGUGUCAGGCAUGGUUGAAUUUGCUCCUGUAGUGACAGCUGCCUGCAGUGAGCACAGCUGAGGGGACAAACACAGACCGGGCGAUUUUCGAUUGAUAGCGAUUGCAUUGGCAAAAACUGGGAUUGUGGAACAGCAUGCGUUAGACAGGUGGCCGAAAGCCGAGCAGGCUCUUAAAGUUGUAGAAGCUGAGUACCUCCCCGCCGUGCGGGCGAAGCGCCUGAAAACCCUCCAGUUCUGACACACCAAAGGCCCCGCAUAGAAACCUCUUGCUCUGACCUUCGCACACAAAAUGCAAAUCAGUGGGUUCAGAAGUGGGGUGGGCGUGGGGAUUGGCUCGUUUAACUUAGGUUGUACAAUUUAAAAAUACGUCCACUGUCCGUUAGUGGAUACCCGUCAGCACGAAUUCUAACAGAGAUGGCUUUGCAGAGGUUAAUGUGAGAGCAGAGCCCACGCUCAGAGGGCAGAAAGCUCUGAGCUCGGAUCCGCGUACAGCUCUCCACUUCCAGCUCCAGACCGUGCCUUCCAUUUCCGUUACGACGCACAGUGUGGGCGGCACUGCCAGAAGCCAAGAAGCGCUCAUUUUUAAAAUUUGAUGAUGUCAAUAAUUUUUUUCAAAACUGCUCUCAGCGAUCAGUAAUUGCGGAACCGCCAGUAUUUUCAUAAGGAGGAAAACGGUAAAGAUCUCUGCUGCAAAAGCAACUGCAGGAAUCCUGUGACUCGGUCAAAAAGGACGACUUUAAACGUGAACAUUUGCACAUUAACUGUAGCAAUAAGUUACUCUCCAGUUUUACAGGAGCACAGGAUCGCAAUGAUCAGUAGCUGCCUUCCAAGUCCGGGACGGGAGAUGCCAAAGCUGACAGACCCACUUUCUUCGAAUCAAGCGGGCUUUUUGGAAUAUUUCUGCGAUUUAAUUUAACUGAAAGAGUAAGUGGAACCAAAAAAAGGAAACCUACGAACCAGCCGGAGUUUACUGCUGAGAGCAGCCUUUCAUUUACAGUGAAGUAACAGUUGCAAAAUGGGCGGGAAAAGUGCAAAACAUUCGAAUAUUGCAUCUCUAUCGGUAUUACAGUAACUGGUUCAACUGUUACAUUUUCCGAAAUUGUUUUGACAUUUUUUCGCAAUCGUUAAGGUGAAAUACUAAAUAUCCAUGCAGUGGCUGCCAUGAUUUUAAUCGUAAUUUGAUUUUAAUGCUUUGGGGUACCAUGGCAAAAUCACUUAAAACUGUUAACUUUGAGAUAGCCAAGCUAUCAUUGGACUUGUAUCACGUGUAUUAUAUUGAUGAGAGAAAGGGGCGGACCGGGCAACGUCAUUACUAGGGAUCACACAUCAAUUACUCUAGUUUAGUAAAUACUAUACUGCAGAGCGGGACUAGAUUUUUCAUCUCCACCAUACCUGUUGGCCGUCUGUGCUUAUCGGAUUUCGGCAUUUUUGAAGGAUUAAUAAUGGAAACAGCUGAUGGAUCAGACGGUGACAAAUUAACAAGCGCCGCAGCCAAAGGAGACUCGAAAGAAGUCAACAAUUUGCUAGAAAACGGGAUGAAAGUGGGUGCAAUCAAUAAGUUUGGCAGAACUGCACUUCAGGUGAUGCAAAUGGGUCAUACUAUAAUAGCCAAGUCACUAUUGAAAGCUGGAGCUAAACCAAAUCAACAGGAUCACAGUGGAUUCACACCAGCUCAUGAUGCAGCUAGGGAAGGAUUUCUGGACACUUUGAUAACCUUAGUGGACUUUGGGGCAAACGUAAAUAUUGAAAAUUCUGAGGGUAAUUUGCCCAUCCAUCUUGCUGCACAGGAAGGUCACACCGAUGUGAUUAUAUUUUUGGCCAAAAAAUCAAACCUUACACACAAAAAUAAAAAGGGACAAACUCCCUAUGAGCUGGCUCAGAUGUACAAAAAGACGGAGGCAGUGCAAUGGAUGGAACAAAAUUUAUAGUAGAAACGUAUUAAGGGAGUGUAGUCUUGUGUAUUUAUUGUAUGUGUCAGCUAACAUGUGUAGAUUUGUUUAUCAGUUUCCAACGUUUGUAUUUCCAUAUAAAUAGUCUUUUAUUUUCUAGUCUGUGUUUAAUGUGUGUAUGUAUGUGUUGGCAAGAGUGGCGCUGUGGGGACUGGUACUGAAUGCUUUUUAAAAACGUUUAUAUUUUUCAUGACACCGUGUUAAAUUCGCUUUGUAUGUUGCAAAUUAGUAUUAAAAUUAAAUCUGGCAAGUGUUAUUGCUUAGUGUUCCAUUGGUGCACAAGAUACCGUGUAUUAAGAACAUUGUUUAAUGACGCAAUGCACCAUAUUUGACUUUUUAUUACAUUAAGCAAUGAAGCUAACACGAAGGGUAAUUUCCAAUUAGUCGUUUGAGAUUAUGUCCUGUGUCUUUAUGCAGCUGUUGAAAGUUUGCCCUUCGUGGGAAACAGGGAUGCGUUCAUAUUCAUAUAACCACGCUGUUUCCAUAUACUUACUGUUUUGUUUCAAUGAAUUUGUUUAACUUUUAUUUUAAUAGACUGGUAUGGAAACAUUGCUUCCUGUCUUCCUACGUGAAAAACAGACAUAUGUAGUUUAUAAACAUAAUUUAAUAGGUUUUGAUUCUUUUAAUGAAAUUAAAUUAAGCUUUUCAUUUACUCGAUGUAUAUAUUGCAUUGCUUUCGUGGUGUUGAAAUGUAUCAAAUAGAUUAUAUAAUUUAUAAACGGUUUAACUGUUCUUUUGUUCCAAUAAAUACUUUCUUGUAAUUAUUAAAAAUGUAUUUAUUUUAAUGCUGUGAAUGGCGUUGCGUUUCGUGAAUUAAUUUAUUAUCGUGGUAGUUAACAUAAAAGAUACAAUUUAACAUUUGGCUUCCUCUACAAACCGCAUCGUGUAAUAAUUGGUGUUUUAUAACAGAUCUGAAUAAUACAGCGUGUCAUUCAAAAAGAAUUGUG